AUGCACCUUCCCAGCAUCACUGCGGCUUUGGCCCUGAUCGGUCUCAGCGCUGCUACCCCUACCGAGUACAGCACUUCUUCCUCUUCCUCCAAGGAUCAAGGACUCGCUCAAGCCUGGACCUCCAAAGGACGCCAAUACAUCGGCACAGCCUUGACCAUCCGCGACGACCCGAUCGAACAAGGCAUCAUCCAAGCCCGCAACGAAUUCAACUCCAUCACACCCGAAAACGCCAUGAAAUGGGAGUCCACCGAGCCCAGCCGCGACAACUUUACCUUUGCCGGAGCAGAUGCCAUUAUCGAUUUCGCAGACAAGUACAAGAAGGAAGUCAGAUGCCACACUCUGGUCUGGCAUUCUCAGUUGCCCGCCUGGGUCAGCGAAGGCAAUUUCGACAACAAGACUUUGAUUUCCAUCAUGGAGAAUCAUAUCAAGAAACUUGCUGGGCGGUACAAGAAUAAAUGCACUCAUUGGGAUGUUGUUAACGAAGCACUCGAAGAAGACGGCACCUACAGAAAAUCAGUCUUCUACAACACCAUCGGUGAAGCCUUCAUACCCAUCACCUUCCGCUUGGCUUCCAAAUACGCAGGCUCCCACACAAAACUCUACUACAACGACUACAACCUCGAAUACAACAACAACAAAACCCUCGGCGCCUUGCGCAUCCUGAAACUCGUCCAGUCCUAUGGCGUACAAAUCGACGGUGUGGGUUUACAGGCGCAUUUGACUUCUGAAGCUACGGCGAGCAGUGGUGGUGGUGUCACUCCUGAUACAAAUACUUUGACCAAGGUGUUGAAGGGGUUUACGGAUUUGGGCGUCGAGGUCGCGUAUACCGAGUUGGAUGUGAGGUUUACCGUCCCUGUCACCGAGGCGAAAUUGAAGGUGCAGGCGGAUGCUUAUGCUAGGGUUGUGCAAUCUUGCAUCAACAUCAAGAAGUGUGUUGGUAUUACCAUUUGGGGUGUUUCUGACAAGUAUUCUUGGAUCCCCGGUGUUUUCAAGACGGAAGGUGCGGCGUUGCUUUGGGAUGAGCAGUUUAACAAGAAGCCGGCUUAUUAUUCUGUCCUCAAGACUAUUCAGGCGUGGCGCAAGACUUGA